UGUGUGUUUUUAUCUGCAGCCUGUUCUUCACUCACACUCAGAGAUUCAGAGGUGGAGGGCAAAGAUUCUCACUGGGGAAGAACGACGAGAAGAUUUGUAUCUCUCUCGCCAAGAAAGAAAGAGAGAGAGACGUAGAAAAGAAAAGAGGGUAGAAAUAUAGGGUUCAUCUUGCAGGUUGGUCUGCGUUUCCAGAUGGAGCGGAUGCGGGGCGAGGGCGAGGGCGACCCCCCGGAGCGACCCGGCCCGCUCACCGACAAGGAGCGGCUGAUGGUCCAGGACUCGUGGGCGAAGGUCUACGAGAACCGUGACGACGUCGGGGUGGCCAUACUCGUCAGGCUGUUCGUGAACUUCCCCUUGUCCAGGCAGUUCUUCAGCCAGUUCCGGGACAUCGAGGAGCCGGAGGAGCUGCAGAGGAGCGCCCAGCUGAGGAAGCAUGCGGGCAUGGUGAUGGGCGCCCUCAACACGCUGGUGGAGAGCCUGGACCACUCGGACCAGGUGGCCUCGGUGCUGAAGCGGGUCGGCAAGGCGCACGCGCUGCGUCACAAGGUCGAGCCCGGCUACUUCAAGAUCCUGAGCGACGUGAUCCUGGAGGUCCUGGGAGAAGAGUUCCCGGCGGUCGUGACCCCGGAGGUGGGCGGGGCCUGGACCAAACUCUUCACCAUGGUUAACUGCGGCAUCGCGGCCAUCUACGAGGAAGUGGGCUGGGCGGAGCUCUCCGCCUCAACCGGGUGAAGCUUCUGGAUCCGAGUCGAUCGAGCCACGAGAGACUUUUGAUGUUCGAGAGACGGAUUCAUCAACUGUACCGACCUCGGACGGGAAGCAAUGUUUCUGGGGACCUUUACGGGGAAUACGGCUUAAUGUAGGGGCUGUGGGACAAAUACUCUAUGAGAAACAGGUACUUUCAUGUGUGUGUGAGAGAGAGAGAGAUGGGGAUAAACUGCAAACAGUGGUCACUCACAUUGGACUUGGAUGUGCCUUCUACUGAAUGCGUAUCUCUAAACAACAACAACAACAACAACAAACAACCUGCUGUUUGAAUCCCAUUCUUACGCAACAUGUCAUGUGACUUCCCUCCGUCGGCUCGGGGCCACUGGGUGUUGGCUUCAUGUUUCGAGGACAUUUUUUAUACUUUUUUUAAUAAUUACUUGUGAUUUUCACGCUGACUUCACCUUUCUAUCUGUACUCAACACAAGUUUUAAAUAAAAGAAAAUAAUAAAACAACCACAACGACCUUAA